UGAUAUUUUUGUAGCCACCAUUAUAUGGCUUGGUUAAAAAGUGUGUAAUUUUUUAUUAUGAAAAUAAUUUAUUUCACAUGGUAUGUUGCCAAAAUGUUUUCGAUUGAUUCUGAAAUUUUCCUUGUAAAUAGCGGAUUAUGAAAUGCCUUUUUCCGUCAUAAGUUCAAGAAUCCGUGAUAAAAGUGAUGUAUUUCGUGUUUAAUAACCAAACAUUGGAAAGAAAGCCGGAAUAUCUAAUAUCAAGGAGAUUCUAGAGAUCUUCCAUAUAUUUCACUCAGAAUUGGUAACCAGGAGUACUAUUCUGAAUGUCCAAAUUGUCCUCGGGAAGAAAGGCACAUACAAAUGUGUGUAUUGUUAUCUAAACAUGACUAAUUUCAUCCCGACUUGUACAUAAGUACAUAGGUAAAAAUCUGUGUUUUUCUGCAUGUCUCCAAGUAGAAAAGAUGGAGAAAUAUACUAGUGAUGCCUUACAAACUGCCGAACAGGCAGCAACUGAAUUACCGAUGGACGUGGACAUAAUUCCUGAAGUUCAGAAAAGCAGUGAUGUAAUGAGAGACUUGGAUGAUGGAAGUGGUUCAAUCUGUGACACAUCCAUCAUUAAUCAACCCAUGACAGUCAACCCUGUGAGUUCAAGUUCUGCCCUUGAAUCUGAGCUAUUGACUGAGAUAAGUGAAUCCUUAUUCGAAUCGCAAUGCGAAUCUGCUCCUGUACAAAUUAAAGAUAUGAGUCAUGGGCCAGCAAUCAGUUUGCAAUCAGAAUUAGAAAAAUUACAAGAUUCUUCAAAGGAUAUUGUUGAUAGUAUUGUAGAAAAUGUUUCGGAAUCAAUUGAGGAGAAUGAUACAGUCAAUACAGCUGAAAAUAUUAGUACUGGGAAUAUUUCAGUCACUCAAGAAGUAUGUCAGGAAAAUAUAUCUGAUGUAUUGGUAGACAAAGAGUCAAACCACCAAAAUGAAAAUGCAAAUGAGUCGCUUGAAAAAACCCUGAACAGGAGAGAAGUUAGUAAUAUAGAAUCAUCAUUAACUCCAGAGUUGGAUGAAAUUAUAGGAGAUAGUGUCUUGAAAGUUUCAGAAAGUUUAUCAGAAAUUCCAAGUGAAAGUUUUCCCGAAUUAGUAUCUGAAACAGAUAGAUCUGUAGAUAAUUCCGUUGAUUUGAAUACUGAAAGAAGGAAAAAUGAGACUGACAAGGGUUUAAAUAUGAGUGCAGAACAUGAAAAUUGUGAAGUAGAAAGUGUCAAUCAGAAUAUUGAAAAAGUAAUUCCCACUGUAGAAAAUGAUAAAGAUAUAGAUGAAACUUUGAAUAUCGAAUCUGUAAGUAGGGAAAGUGAGAAUGAAAAAUUUGAUGAAAAUAAAAUUGUGGAAAAACAUAUAGAAACGAAUUUUAUUGAAGAGGGUUGUAAUACAGACAGUGAAAAACCUGAAAGUGAACGAGAAAACACUGAAUUUGUCCAAGUAAGUACCGAAAAUGAAAAGGAGUUGGAGAAUGAGAAUAACAGGAGGAUUGUGGAAGAUGACCCUAUCGCUUCAGAUGCUUUUGAAUCUAUCAACAGUGAACUUCGUGAGGGUGCAGAUGAAGAGUUAUGUAUUAUUCCAGAUACAGAAAGAGAAAUUUCCCAGGUAAUUAUUAUUACAUUGCUUAAUGGAAUCACAAAAUCCCAUAUGAAAUUCCUAAAAUUGCCAUAUUCAGCAAUAUUUAAAUAUGACAAAGAAGACCUACAAAUAUGCAGUGAAUGUAAAUUGAAAAGGAAGGUGUUAUAUUACUAUACUACAUCGGAAAGUGGUACAUAUUUUCUUUGCGACGACAAUUGUCUGGAUGUCUUCAAGAGUAACCAGCAAGACAAAGUUGCACUGAAUUGGGAGGAAGGUGGUUUGAGGGUGAAGAAUUUCUCUGGAGUUAGAGUUUCUGAAGUUGGAGUUUCUGGAGUUGGAGUUUCUGGAGUUAGAGUUUCUGGAGUUGAAAUUCCUGGAGUUGAAGUUUCUGGAGAUAAAGUUUCAGGAGUUGGAGUUUCCAAAGAACCACCAUCUCUUUCCUUCAUUAGAAAAUGUGCCACAUGUAAAAAAAUCACAAAUGACAUAGAAAAUAAUUUAACUUGGGAAAUAAUGGACUUCUGCAAUGAGUUUUGUAUAACAAAAUAUCAAAAAGAAACUGGUUCACAUUGUUCGAGUUGUCAAGGAGAAGUGCACUCUAAUUCUCUUGGAAAAUACUGCGUUAGGUUUGGCAAUGAUAUAAGACAGUUUUGCACUAGUAGUUGCCUUGAGAAAUACAAAAAAGGCCUCAAAGUUUGUUCGUACUGCCAAAAGGAUAUGUCUGGGGGAACUACUGGUUUUGUAGUUCCUGUAGGAGAUAAGGGUCAAUAUAAGGACUUCUGCAGCCAACUCUGCAUGGAACAAUAUGACAUUAUGACUAAUGAUCGUCCUCCAAAGGUUUCGCCAGGUACCAUCUGUUCUGUGUGUAAAUCAGUAAAACCAAUCACCAUUGAAUUCAAGUUUGAUGGAUGCCCAAAUUAUUUUUGUGGAGAACCCUGUUUUGUAGCAUUCAGUUUUGUUAAUAAAAUAUCACCGGGAAAAUGUGCCUUGUGUCAAAGACAUUUUCCAAAGUCUACUUUAGAGAAAUACACAAUGUAUUAUGAUAACGUUCAGCAUAGUUUCUGCUCCAAUAGUUGUGAAAAUAUCUACAUAAUUGCUCGUCGAAAAAUUGUGCCUUGCAGUUGGUGCAAAGUAAAGAAGUAUAACUUUGACAUGAUACGGAGGUAUUCAAAAACAGGACCAAUGAUUAAUAUGUGCAGUGUGAAUUGCCUUAGUCACUACAGAGUAUCUCUCGAAACUGCCAGCUCUCGUCAAACAUGUUGCGAUUUAUGUCAAAAAGUUACUCAACCCAUGUAUCACUUGACCAUGUCUGAUUCUACAAUGAGAAAUUUUUGUUCAUACAAUUGCGUAAUGACUUUCCAGAACCAGUAUCCCAAACAACAGUUCAAUCUGAAUAAUUUAGGAGAAUCUACUUUUCCAGUACCAACAGGACCCCCAAAGAAGAAUAAGAAAUUUCUUGGUUCAGAUUCACCUGGUCCAAUGGGGGAUGUUCCACCGCUUCCAGUUAUCUCCAGUGUGCAAAGUCUUGCAGCAAACACCAAUGGUAGCCUUGGAUCUCCCCAAACCCUACCCCCUACACUUGCUCCAAUUCAAACCUUGAACACAACCAUGAACACAAGAUCAACCAGAUCAAAAGGAACCCCCAAUCCUCAAAUAAUGAAUUCUUCCCCACAAGUUAUAAAUUCCUUGUCAGAAAUUCCCUUUCAAGUUCAGAUCAAACAUCAUUUCAUUGUACGUCCUGCUUCCAUGCCUGAGCAAAGGAAUGUUGGAACCAUGUGCUAUACCAAAAAAGCGAAUAAAUCCACCACGAUGAAACCCAUUAUGGUUGACGAAGAAAUUCAAACAGAGGAGAGAGAAGCGCAGAAAAUCCUCAUUCCUGUUCCUGUUCCUAUUUUAGUUCCAACCCCAGUGCACAUGUACAGCGUACCUACGCCUGUCCCUGUACCGAUUCCUAUCCCUGUUCCAAUACCCAUAUUCAUUGCUACUACAAGAAAUUCUGCAGCUGGUAUAAUGAAAGAAAUUAAGAAAAUUCAAAAGAUUCCUACUGAUCCAUAUGAAGCUGAGCUGCUUAUGAUGGCUGAAAUGGUGGCUGAAGAGAAGAAAGAAGAUGUGACAGACUCUGAAAGUGACGUUGAAGAUACGGGUGGUGCAGAGGAUAGCUACAGUCCUGAGCCAGUGGAUGCUAACAAUACUUUUGGUGAUGAUAUGCUUCAGAUGGCAUUGAAAAUGGCCACCGAACUAGAUGAACCGGCAGUAGAUCUCGAAGGUGCUCUAACAGCCAAUACUAUAACAGCUCCUCAAGGUGGUGAACCUCACGGCCAAGAGGAAAACGUGGAUGAUCCUCAACCAAUGCAUCAUCAUAUGAUGGAAAGAAGUCCUUCAGUAAGAGGCAGGAAGAGAGGUAUGAGACAACAAAGGGGGGGAGCAAAACGUGGAAGGAGGAUGUCUCAUCAACAAGUUGAUGUACCAAUGAUGCAACAUCACCAAGUACAACAGGCUCCACCUCCACCAGAACCAACAGAAAAACCGGAUGCUAAUAUGUGUCUAAAGUAUACUUUUGGAGUGAACGCUUGGAAGCAGUGGGUUACCACAAAAAACACAGAGUUGGAAAAAUCAUCACGUAGAGUGAAACUUUUCAAAACAGAAAUAUUACAACUCACUGCUGAUGAAUUGAAUUAUUCUCUUUGUCUUUUUGUAAAGGAAGUGAGAAAGCCCAAUGGUGCAGAAUAUGCACCUGAUACUAUAUACUAUUUAUGCUUGGGUAUUCAGCAGUACUUAUUUGAAAAUGGCCGUAUUGAAAAUAUAUUUUGUGAUCCUUAUUAUGAAAAAUUUACUGAUUGUUUGGACGAAGUUGCCAAGAAGUUCUCAGUUCUCUACAAUGAUUCUCAUUACAUAGUUACUAGAGUUGAAGAAGAACAUUUAUGGGAAAGUAAACAGUUGGGAGCUCAUUCUCCUCACGUAUUACUGAGUACUUUGAUGUUCUUCAAUACAAAGCAUUUCAAUCUAACGAGUGUUGAUGAACACAUGCAGUUGUCAUUUUCCCACAUAAUGAAACACUGGAAGAGAAAUCCAAACCAGCCAGGUGCCUCUAAAGUUCCUGGAUCACGGAAUGUUUUGUUGCGUUUCUAUCCACCACAGAGCGCUAUUCAAAACAAUGCCAGGAAAAAGAAAGUCUAUGAGCAACAAGAAAAUGAAGAAAAUCCACUUAGAUGUCCUGUUAAACUUUACGAGUUUUACUUAUCGAAAUGUCCCGAAAGUGUCAAAACAAGAAAUGAUGUCUUCUAUUUGCAACCUGAACGUUCUUGUGUUCCAGACAGUCCUGUUUGGUACUCAACCAUGCCGUUACCGAAAGAAGCUCUGGAAAAAAUGCUCCAUAGAGUCAAAAUGGUGAAGGAGAUAAAUGUUGCUCUUCUGACAAGUUAAACAACAUUCAUAAUGAGACUUUUUAUGAAUGUUUAGAAUUUCUAAUGUUGUACGUUAGGUAGUUUUGAAAACAUUCAAUUUCAGUAUGAAAAAAGUACACUCAGAAGCAACUGGAUUAUUCAAUCUCUCACUCUUCUGUAAACGUGCAGUAAUACAAAUUAUAUUUGUACUAUUUGCAUUUUAGGGUAUUUCAUAUAUAUGAAUACCUGAUUAAACCUUUUUAUCUGGAUAUCAAAUUGACAUGUACUAUUAAGAAUUUUUAUGUAAAAUAUGAUUCAUCAAAUAUUAAUUAUUGAGUUUUCAAAUAUUUGUAUAUUUUUUUUUGGUCAAAAUCUUGCAGGUAUCUGUUCGAAAUGAAUUAAGAUAUAUGAAAUGUAAUUGUAACUUUAUAUGUUAUAAUAGUUUUUGUACAAAUAUUGUAUAACACUAUUAUUUACAAAACUAGAAAAUAGAGCAUAUUGAUUUA